UUGUCGUUAGCAGGGAAGCCGCAAAUCGCUGCUGGUUCUCCGCUCGUCCUGCAGAGUAUUUCCUACUUUAACUUAUAUUUCAGACUCUUCACCCGGUUUAUCACGGUUUAUCUCACUGCUCCAGUGUCUGCUGUCCAGUGUGUCCUGCUGUCCUCCAUGGCUCUUCUCGUAGCGAUGGGUGCGCUGCCUUGGAGGACGCGGCUGGGUUUGCUGUGCGUGGUGUUGCUGUGUGGGACGCCGCUGUGCUGCGGAAGGCCAGAUCCUCGGCGGCGAGAAGCUCUCAUUCAGCUGGAGAUGAUCAGAGAGGUAGGAGGCGGCGUGGUGCUGAACGACAAAGAAAAGCUCCUCGAUGAAAAGCUCCACCAGCUGAAGCUGCAGGAUAUGGCGUUACCAGAGUUUCCCCCUUCAAUACACUUCUUUAAAGCAAAGCCUCUGAUUGAGCGGAGCCCAGUCUUCAGUUUUUUACAGAAGAUGCCCAAAGGUGCAGCGCUACACGUCCAUGACUUUGCCCUGGUGGGAGUUGAAUGGCUGGUAAAGAACGUCACCUACAGAGAAAACUGCUACGUGUGCUUUACUGCUGAUAACUCGGUACGAUUUCUCUUCUCUGCUGGGCAGCCUAAGCCUCAAACCCACUGCUCCACGUGGACUCUCCUCAAAACACUGAGAGAGAAGAUGAACAGCACUGAGCUGGACAACAGCUUUAUUCGUAAUCUCACACUGUUUACUGAGGACCCGGACAAAGCCUAUCCAGACCAAGACGUUGUCUGGAAGAGGUUUGAACAGGCGUUCUUGGUGGCCUAUGGACUGGUGACGUAUGCCCCUGUCUUUAAGGACUACUUUUAUGAAGGCCUCAGGCAGUUCUACAUGGACAACAUCAUGUAUGUGGAAAUAAGAGCUCUCCUACCAUCGACCUAUGAGCUCGAUGGCAGAAGAAACAGUAAAGACUGGAGCAUGAGGGCUUGCCAGGAGGUGCUCCAGCACUUCAGGGCUCAGUUCCCAGACUUUGUAGGUGCUCGAGUGAUCUUCACCGUCCACAGGGGUUUGAAUUUAACAGAAGCUGUAAAGGCUGUGGAGGAAGCCAUGACACUACAGAGGAACUUUCCAGAUAUCAUGGCAGGCUUUGACUUUGUGGGGCGUGAAGACAGUGGACGGCCUCUGUGGUAUUUCAGAGAGGCUUUGGAGUUGCCAGAGGAGCAGGGAGUCCAUCUGCCCUACUUUUUCCAUGCAGGCGAGACCAACUCGGAGGGCACAGAUGUUGAUCAGAACAUGAUGGACGCCCUGCUGUUCAACACCUCUCGCAUUGGCCAUGGCUUCGCAAUGACACGCCACCCUGUGGUCAAAGAGCUUGCCAGGAAGAUGGACGUACCAGUGGAGGUUUGCCCCAUUUCUAACCAGGUCCUGAAGCUGGUUUCAGACCUGAGAAACCAUCCAGCUGCCGUGCUGAUGGCGGAGGGCCACCCCAUGGUGAUCAGCUCAGAUGACCCAGCUCUGUUUGAGGCGUCGGGUCUUUCUUACGACUUCUACCAGGCCUUCAUGGGCUUUGGAGGAAUGAGGUCUAAUUUAGCCACUCUGAAAGAGCUCGUCAUAAACUCUCUCAGGUAUAGCUCCUUGUCCUCUGCGGUGAAGGAUAAAGCCAUUGCAGCUUUACUAGUGAAAUGGGACAAGUUUGUCUCAGAGACUUUGCUGUAGACGUACUGGAGAAAUUUGAACACAAGUGCAAUUGUACAUGCACAGGAAAAAGUGCACUUUAACUUACAGUCCAUCCAGUCGUUUUCCUGUUUUGUUACAGCGAUGAGUUUUCUGAGGGGUGGUUCAUCUAAGUUGUUGUGAUCUUAGUGUUUUAAAACCAGGUACCUUUUUAAAAAGUGAUCUUAGAUGUUUUCUGUUAGGGUUUAGGUGAGAAACACAGCCUUCUGACGGAUGGAGCCACACAGUCUUUUGUGUGCAUAUAUCGCCCUCUAGUGGAGACAUUCAUUUAUUGAAUUUUUUAGUGAUGUUUGGCUGUCCACAACAAAAUGGUGGGCAGUGGUGCUCAGGUCAUUGAGAUAAAUUUCAGUGGUGGACAGAGUACUGAAAAACUUUAUACUUAGUAAAGACACUCCCAGUAAGAGUAUAAAAUAAUAAGAAUGUAAUCACAGAUAAGUACUGUACUUGGAUACCAUACACUGUUUGCAGUCGUGCCACGUGUUUUUUUGGGGUUUUUUAUCUCUUUUACCUCUAUAUCACCAAAGAUAGGGCUAAAUUCUAACUAACUAUUGAGAACUAUACAUAUGGUUCUGAAACUGGUAGAGGAAGUGAUAGUAACCAGUAUGAACUGAUCAACAUAUUGUCGCUGUCGGAACAAAACCAUGUUUUUCAUUUUGACAUAAUUUGAAAAUGCCAGCAGCUCUUUACAUUGAGUGCAUUUACAUGCACUUAAUAAUCUGAUAACUGCAGAAAAUCAGAUUUUGUCAGUAAUACGAUCAACAUGCUUACAUGUAAUUAGGUAAUGUGAAAACUCCAGGUCUACAUGAGUCAGACAAUAAUCAGAUUUCUGGUUUGCAACCAGCCAAUAAACUCACAGAAUAAGACGUGACGUAAACAUAAUGUAAAACUCAAACUUCAUGA